AUGAAUAUAGCAGAUGUCUCUUCAUCAAGUGAAUUUUCUUUGAAUUCUGAAAAAGUCAAACAAUUACUUCGAUCGGAUGAUAAACUUUACAAAGUUAUAAAAAACGAAUCAUCAUCUGGAGCAACCUGGUGGAAUACAUUUGGAUUUCCUGCUAAAUUAGAUGAAAAUAAUGAAUAUCAACGAAUUUUCGGACAUGUUAGUUGUUUCAAGUGUUAUCAAACGUUCAAUUAUUCUUCAAAAAGUGGAACAACUCGUUUAAAAGCCCAUGAAAUGAAAUGUAAAUCAGUUGCUGGAUUAUCAUCAUUACCAUUAGCUUCUUCCAUUGAAAUUGAUCAUUCUUCUUCUUCAUCGUCGGCACAAAGCAUUCUUACUCAACAUGGAUUUCUUAAGUCAAAAAAAUUAAGUGAAAAGGAUGCUGAACAUAUGAAGCUAUUAUGUACUCAGUGGAUCAGCACAGAUCUUCGUCCAUUUUCAAUCAUCGAAGAUUCAGGAUUUCGUAGUUUAGCUCAAGAAUUAAUUCGAAUUGGACACAAAUAUGGUGUAAUUGAUAUCGAUAAUGUUUUGCGAAGUCGCCAUACAUUAUCUCGAAACGUGUAUGAUCUUGCAGAUUGUCUUAGAGAAUGUAUAAAAGAUAAACUACGUGAACCAUUGCAACAUCGAUCUGUGACUAUAUGUCCAGAUUUUUGGACAGAUCCGUACAAAAAUAUUUCCUAUUUAGGACUGAACAUAUGUUUUGUUGAUAAUCAACAUCGUUUUUAUUCAAUAGAUUUAUUCUGUCGACCUUUUCUUGGUAUUAAAUCAGCUGAUUUAAUUGUGAAAGCCCUUGAAUCUCAUUUAAGUGAAUUUGGUAUUAGUAAUUUAGCCAUGGUGAACAUAAUAUCUGAUCGAGGUUCAAAUUUUGUUAAAGCUUUCGAACCAUUUAGUCCUCUUUUCUGUUUUGGCCAUCGUUUGAACAACGUAUUAAAAACAACCUUCUUUCACCACGAAAAGAAGAAGAAAAAGCAAUCUGAUUCAUCAUCAACAACAACAAUAGUGACAGCAUCAAAUAAUAAUAAUAACGUCGGUGUAGGAAAUAAUGAUUCAAUACCAAAAGAACAAAAAUAUGUUCUUUCAAGUGAAGAAUCAUCCGAUGAUGAUGAAGAAUAUGUUUUACCAUUAACAUCAAUUCCAAUUAUAAAAAAGAAAAAAACGAAUACGUCAACAUUAGUACCGAACGAUAAACAAUCAUUACGAAAUGUCUUGAUUGAUGAUAUUCCAGUUGAAGCAAAAUAUGUACUUUCUACAUUAAAACAAUGUAAAAGAAUUGUUAAAUAUAUAAAAAAAUCUGGUUUGAACAAAGAUAUUGAAAAUAAUGGUGGAUCAACAGUACAUCAAGCAAUUGAUGUCCGUUGGCUAUCAAUCAUGAAUUCAUUGAAAUCAAUAUUGAAAUCGUAUAAGGUUAUGAAGAAAAUUUUGAUCAAUAAACAACAACAGAGAUUAUUCAUCAACGUUGAUGAAAAGAAAAUCAAACAAAUUAUGCUAUUGUUAGAACCAUUUCAGGAUGUAAUGAAAAUGAUUCAAACUGGUAAUUCACCAUCUUUACAUUUAGUUUUACUAUGUACACAAACAUUAAGAGAUGUUUUAAAAUCAUUCGAUUCAUUAGUCAAUUACCACGAAAAUAAUGGUGAAUAUGAAUCAAAUGACAUAGACGACGAGCUGUUCGAAGAAUUAGAAGGUAUAAAGUUUUUUCUUAAUCGAAUGAGAGGUUUAUUCAAUGAAAUGUUUGAACUUGAUAUCAGACAUUAUUCUGCUACGUUAUUACAUCCCAAAUAUCGUUCAUUAAAAGCCUGCACUUAUACCGAACGUGCUGAAUGUUACAAAUAUGUGCGUCAACAAAUGCAGCUAAUCUAUAUCGAACCAAAUGAAUCAAAUCAAAAGGAAGUUGAAGAACCUGCAGCAAAGAAGUUUAAAGGUGAUUUGUUUCGUCGAUUCGAAUCUGAUGGUUCCGAUGUUCGACAAGAAGAUGGAGGUGAAUCUGGAAAUGAAAGUGAAGAAUAUCCAAUCUCAUCAAGAAAAACAGAUGAACUUGAUCGUUAUUUAAAUUUAGAGUUCGAAAAACUCAAACUAUCAUCAAAUCCAUUAACGUUCUGGAAUGAUCAACAUGACAAAUUUCCUCUUUUAUCUUGUCUAGCUCGUCGUAUUUUUUCAAUACCAGCUACUUCUACCAGUGUAGAAAGACAAUUCUCUGGAGCAGGUUUAGUUAUACAAGAAAGAAGAACGAGUUUGAAUCCUGAACAAUUGGACAACAUUUUAUUAAUCAGAUCAAUGAGGAAAUACGAACAUUUAUUUGAACAAUAA